AUGCCUGGCAUCGGUCGCAUCGCCAUCGCGGCCACGGCUCUUGCCGCUACCGUCCUCGGCGUCGCGCCGCCAGCCCAGAAUCCGCUCAGCAAGGCGUCCAAAACGCACCUGGUCGACUCGCAGAAGCUGCAGGAUCUCGUCAGCAUCGACAAGCUCUCCAAGCGCGCCAAAGAGCUGUACAAUAUUGCCAAGCUCUCUGAGCCCGACUUUAACCGUCCGACGCGCGUUAUCGGAAGCAAGGGCCACGAGGGCACCCUCAAGUACAUUACCGACACUCUCCACUCGCUCGGCAAAUACUACACCGUCACGACGCAGACCUUUCCCCUCACGACCAGCACCGUCUUUGAAUCGCAUCUUGUCGUUGGCGAUGCCGUCUACGCAGACGCUAAGCCCUUUAGCGGCACGCCCCCAACCAAGGACAAGGAGCCCGUCCACGCGCCGCUCGUGCUCGUCAGCCGCACCGGCUGCAAGGCUUCAGACUACCCGGCCGCGGCCAAGGACGGCAUCGUGAUUGUGCAGCGCGGCGAGUGCGCCUUUGGCCUCAAGUCGGAGCUCGCGGGCAAAGCCGGCGCCAAGGCGGCCAUUAUCUACAACACCGACGACGAGGACAUUAGCGGCACGCUCGGCGACCCGAAGCCGGACCAGGUCGCGACAUUUGGCAUCAGCCUGAGCCGCGGCGCGGCCCUCGUGGCCCGACUGGCCGCCGGCGAGCACAUUGACGCGAUUGCCUACAUUGACGCGGCCAUUCAGACGAUCCACACGAAAAACGUCAUCGCGCAGACGACGGCCGGCGACCAGGACCAGUGCGUCGUGCUCGGCGGCCACAGCGACAGCGUCGAGGCCGGGCCGGGCAUCAACGACGAUGGCUCCGGCUCCCUGUCGCUGCUCGAGAUUGCAGUGCAGCUCGCCGCGUUUGACGUGCACAACUGCGUGCGCUUCGCGUGGUGGUCGGCCGAGGAGGAAGGCCUGGUCGGCUCGACGUUUUACGCAAACUCGCUGUCGGCCGAGGAGAACCAAAAGGUGCGCGUGUUUGUGGACCUGGACAUGAUGGCGAGUCCAAAUUACGCAUACCAGGUGUAUAAUUCGACUAAUGCGGCUAACCCGGAGGGCUCGGAGGAGCUGCGCGACUUGGCGACGGACUGGUACACGAGCCAGGGGCUUAACUACACCUUUAACGAGUUUGAUGGACGUAGCGACUACGUGGGGUUUAUUCAGCAUGGUAUCCCGGCUGGUGGCUGGAGCACGGGUGCAGAGGGUGUCAAGACCGAGGCCGAGGUUGCGCUGUUUGGCGGCGUGGCGGGCGAAUGGUACGAUAAGAACUAUCAUCAGAUUGGUGAUGAUGUGAGCAACCUGAAUUUGGAAGCUUGGGAAACCAACACAAAACUGAUUGCGCACACUGUUGCCACGUAUGCACGUUCCUUCAAGGGCUUCCCGGAGCGCAAAAAGCCUGCGUCUGUUGCGGCGGCUGGAAAGGGGUCUGCAUCGCAGUUUAAAUACCGUGGACCGUAUGCCAUCAUUUAA